AUGGGUUGUGACAGUGUCGUGACGUGGGUGACCCGCUUCUCCUGCUCGUCCACUGUCAAGACUCGUCGUCCGCUGCGCCUCACCCGACAUGCUCGUAUUUAUUCCCUUCGUUCUCGCUCCGCUGCCCUCUAUCGUGAUGGCAAUUCGGAUGACCCCCAGUUUCCAGCGUCUCCGGCAUCAUGCGGAGUGUGCCAACAGAACUACCAGUCCAUGAAGUUGUGCCUGCAGCAAGUACCUGUUAUGGUCAACUUUACAACGGUUAUUCAGAACCCUGGAUCCUUUGCCGACGUAAUAAUAUGUGCUUGCCGGGACCCAUUCCACUCCACUUUCGGCCCUUGCGUUGACUGUUUCCAGCAAACAAAUCAAGAGAGAUUCCUUCUGACGGACAAUCCUAACGCAGUCAUUAACGGUAUAAACAAAGUUUGUGGGCUAGAAGGCGCCCUCUUUGGUGCUGGCGUUUCCUCUUCCAUUAUCCCACCCGAUUCUACCAGAACGUUGGCUCCCAACAAUGGGAACCCGAGCAAUACAGCAUCUGGCUCUACUGCGAGCCAGUCUAACAGCGCUACUUCACUUCGACAAGUAGUGUCCACUUCAAGCUGGAUCUUCGGCGCGUUGGCGCUCCUGGUGGCUGUGGAAUGGUAA